CGCAGAAAGCCGCCGAUGCCAUUGCUCCUCAUGUCCGGCCACCUCGACCUUAUGCUAAUAAUGAUGUCCCCUGGGUCAGUACGAUCCAUCCAUCAACAUGCAGCUCUGACGCCUGUUCAGGACCAAAAUAUCCGAGCGCAGAAUAAUGAUUAGUCUCUUGAGGAAAGCCCAGACCGUCCUUCUUCGCUGUCGGGCGAUACUUAUGCCUAGGCUCGUGGCAUUUCCUUGUGGCCCCAUCGACGUCACGACACGUCUGGAUGCACAUAAUCAUCAUGCGCUAUCGUGUCUCCGGACGGCAACCCCUACAACACGGGUUUCCGCCCUCUGUGUCUCUUUCCGAUAUCAAAGCUGCAUCGCUCAUCACAUCACUACCUCGAUCUCGACGCCCCAACAUUGCUCUCCUCCAAGAUCCCACCGUGUUCGAAGGAAAUGUCUGACUGUAAGACAAUCUAAACGACCGCUCUUCGUUCUCGACUCGCUUGUCAAUGCACAGGCUCCUACGCUCCAGUCCUCGUGUCCUGGCUCGUGCAGUCGGAUGCAUCGACGAAGUAGGAUUGCCUGAUGCCCUGUGUACCAUCGACCUUCGUAUAAAAUGACUCUUUGGGGCGAAAGGUGGCUGCAAAAGGAGUUCGCAUCCGCGUUGAGACAUUAUGCACGCUUGUCUUCAGAGCCGUGCUGAUCCCAUCUUGUUCCGACGUUUGAGGCCGGCCUGAGAGCUCCAGACUGAUCUCAGUCGCGAAUGG